UGCUGGCAGCCAUUGCAGAAGGUAGUCUUACUCGUAGUGUAUGUUGUGGGGAAGUGUGUUGUGUGGCCAGUGGGUUUUGUGUUAAAUUUUUUUACUUAUUUAUUAGUGAUUACCUGGUCUUUUUGAUCAACGGCUGCGAAAAUGUAUCCUGUAGGGCAGCCCCCCCCACCUGGACCAACAACAAGUACUUCUGUUGGAACAGCCGGAGCAACUGGGAGCAAUGUCGUUGCUCCUAGUUCUUUGGGCCUUGUUCCUGCACAACAAACACAUACUCCGCCUCAACCUCCAGAACUGCCAAUGUUUUCAUGCCCACGAAGGCCCAACAUAGGUCGUGAAGGUAGACCAAUUGGAUUGAGAGCAAAUCAUUUUCAAAUUACUAUGCCACGAGGCUAUGUGCAUCAUUAUGAAAUUAAUAUACAACCCGAUAAAUGCCCUCGUAAAGUCAAUAGGGAAAUCAUAGAAACAAUGGUACAUGCAUAUAGCAAGAUUUUUGGAACUCUUAAACCUGUGUUUGAUGGAAGAAAUAACUUGUAUACAAGGGACCCUUUGCCUAUUGGAACUGAUAAAAUAGACUUAGAGGUAACACUGCCUGGUGAGGGUAAAGAUCGAGUUUUCAGAGUGGUAAUAAAAUGGGUAGCUCAGGUUUCAUUAUUUGCCUUAGAAGAAGCACUCGAAGGACGUACAAGACAAAUUCCAUAUGAUGCUAUUCUUGCAUUAGAUGUUGUAAUGAGACAUUUACCAUCAAUGACUUACACACCAGUAGGUAGAUCAUUUUUCAGUAGUCCGGAUGGAUAUUAUCAUCCAUUGGGUGGAGGUAGAGAAGUAUGGUUUGGCUUUCAUCAGUCUGUAAGACCAUCUCAAUGGAAAAUGAUGUUAAAUAUCGAUGUUUCUGCAACUGCAUUUUAUAAAGCUCAACCUGUCAUAGAAUUUAUGUGCGAAGUAUUAGACAUUAGAGAUGUAAACGAACAAAGGAAACCACUCACAGAUUCUCAACGAGUGAAAUUUACCAAAGAAAUCAAAGGGCUCAAAAUAGAAAUAACUCAUUGCGGAACAAUGAGACGAAAAUAUAGAGUAUGCAAUGUUACACGUAAACCGGCACAAAUGCAAUCAUUUCCAUUGCAAUUGGAAAAUGGACAAACUGUUGAAUGUACAGUUGCAAAAUACUUUUUGGAUAAAUAUAAAAUGAAAUUACGUUAUUCGCAUCUUCCUUGUUUGCAAGUAGGCCAGGAACAUAAACACACGUACCUGCCACUUGAGGUUUGUAAUAUAGUAGCAGGACAACGUUGUAUAAAAAAAUUAACAGAUAUGCAGACGUCUACUAUGAUAAAAGCAACAGCACGUUCGGCACCAGAUCGUGAACGAGAAAUUAAUAAUUUAGUAAGGCGAGCUGACUUCAAUAAUGAUUCUUAUGUUCAAGAAUUUGGAUUAAGUAUAUCAAAUAAUAUGAUGGAAGUUCGAGGUCGUGUAUUACCUCCACCCAAAUUACAGUACGGAGGGCGCGUAAGUUCUCUCAGUGGACAGACGAAACAACAAGCAAUGCCCAAUCAAGGCGUUUGGGAUAUGCGAGGUAAACAGUUCUUCACGGGAGUUGAGAUUAGAGUAUGGGCUAUUGCUUGCUUUGCACCGCAAAGAACAGUACGAGAAGACGCAUUACGUACAUUCACUACACAAUUGCAAAAGAUCAGUAACGAUGCUGGAAUGCCAAUUAUUGGACAACCAUGUUUCUGUAAAUAUGCUACUGGGCCAGAUCAAGUUGAACCUAUGUUUCGGUAUCUAAAAUCGACUUUCCAAGCAUUGCAAUUAGUGUGUGUUGUGCUACCCGGGAAAACUCCUGUAUAUGCUGAAGUCAAAAGAGUAGGAGAUACGUUACUCGGUAUGGCAACUCAAUGUGUACAGGCAAAGAAUGUCAAUAAGACCUCUCCUCAAACUUUAUCAAAUUUGUGUUUGAAGAUUAAUGUGAAAUUAGGUGGCAUCAAUAGCAUUCUAGUACCAAGUAUUAGACCAAAAGUGUUUAACGAGCCUGUUAUAUUUUUGGGAGCAGAUGUAACUCAUCCUCCCGCUGGAGAUAAUAAAAAACCUAGUAUAGCUGCUGUAGUAGGUAGUAUGGAUGCUCAUCCAUCAAGAUAUGCAGCUACGGUUAGGGUACAACAACAUAGACAAGAAAUUAUACAGGAACUCAGUUCAAUGGUUAGGGAACUUCUUGUUAUGUUUUAUAAAAGUACUGGAGGAUAUAAACCACAUAGAAUAAUUCUCUAUCGCGAUGGUGUUUCGGAAGGACAAUUUCUUCACGUUCUACAACAUGAAUUAACUGCCAUUCGUGAAGCUUGUAUCAAACUUGAAGCUGAUUAUAGGCCUGGCAUUACUUUCAUUGUAGUUCAAAAAAGACAUCACACUCGUUUGUUCUGUGCAGAUAAAAAAGAACAAAGUGGUAAAAGUGGCAAUAUUCCGGCUGGUACAACGGUUGACGUUUGUAUAACUCAUCCAACAGAAUUUGAUUUCUAUCUUUGCAGUCACCAAGGUAUUCAGGGAACAUCUAGACCAUCUCAUUAUCACGUUCUCUGGGAUGACAAUCACUUUGAGAGUGAUGAAUUGCAAUGUCUCACGUAUCAAUUAUGUCAUACGUAUGUAAGGUGUACAAGAUCCGUUAGUAUACCAGCACCAGCUUAUUAUGCCCAUCUUGUGGCAUUCAGAGCUAGAUAUCACCUAGUAGAAAAGGAACACGAUAGCGGGGAAGGAUCUCAUCAAUCAGGCUGUAGCGAAGAUAGGACACCAGGUGCAAUGGCACGAGCUAUUACUGUUCAUGCAGACACAAAAAGAGUUAUGUACUUCGCAUAAUUCUAUCGAUGUUGUUUUCUAUAAAAAUUGAAGCACUACAUAAUGAUAAUCAUCAUAUCUUGGACAUAGGAAACAAUUCUAGACUACUUAAAUGUUAAACGAUCUUCUUGAGUGGUCAAUUUUUUUUUACUUUUAUAAUUAUAAUAAGUCUAUCCAAAAGCACUGAUAUAAAAGUGGGAGAUCAAUAUUUCGAGUUCCACAUAAAAUAGUGAUUGGAUAGACUUUCAAAAUCAUUUAGAAAGUAAGUUUUAAAGCAGGUGCUUUUAGUUAAUCAUGUUUUAAAGUAGAGUGGAGCAUUUUGCAGCUUAGCCGAUUGGUUGUUGCAUGGAAAAGUUCACUUAGACAAUUAAUAAUUAAAAAAUCGGCUGCAACGCACAUUACGCUUAUUUUUUUAGAGGUCUUAGUAUCUCUUGCAUUUGUAUGAUAUAAAUGAUCAUAUUGCUGGAUAAAAUUACAGUUAUAUAGAUCGCUUUAUGCGAGACUGUUAUACGUUUGAAUAUCAUUUGAUAUGAAUUGAAUUUACCAAUCUAUGGAGUUUUUAGAUUGAACGAUAAUGCGAUUACUAUGCUGAAGAGAUCUUAUAAAGAUAUGAUGAUGUAUGUAAGAUUACGUUUAUCAUCCAGCGUGGGCGCGAGGUUUGCGUUCUAAAACAAUUAAGCAAUGAUAAAUGCAUUAGUAAAUAAAAAUCGAACGUAGAAAAGAAUUUAUUUAAGGAAUAGAGGACAAGAGAGUCCAGGCAGCGUCAGAGAAGAAGGAGCAGCUUUAGAGUGCGAACCUCUGAGACCUACAAGAAAUUUUGAAUAUAUAAAAAUUUAAAAAAAAAAAAAAAAAGUUGGCCACUUCAAGUUAUGAAGUUUGAAUGAAAGGAUAAAAUAUUAAACGAAUAAAUUGUGUAAAUGUUAAUUGCCAAUAACUCUUCAAGCCAAUGGCCAAAGUAAGUUAGAGAUUUACUAGAGUCAAAUUGAAAGUGAUAAUUAUGAUGAAACAAUUUGUUAUGUAAUCCCUAUAGUGUCAGAAAUCACAUUGUGCCACAUCUAACUAAUAACAUGCUGCUAUCUUUUAUAUGGCAUAAUUUUGAUCAGUCUAAAUCUAAUGUCACCGUUCACAGUGAUUAUGAGAAUUAAUUUGAAGAUAAAGUAACACAACAUAUCUUUACGAGUAUAGGGAAUACAUUGAAGUGGAGUUUUAAGAACAUUUUCUAUGUGAAGUAUAUUUAUUUGUUUUUAAUAUUUAAGCGAUUACACCAUUGAAAAUGUACAAAGACAUUAGUUUUAUUUAUCUCACAUUUUAGUUUUCACUAUUACUGUUUAUUUUUUAAAUAUGUGGCACAUAAUUCACUUCUAAUUAAAUAAACAAAUAUACUGACGCUGUCUGAACUAGGAUGGCACGCGAAGUUUAAUAUUGACGAUAUUAAAAAACGUAAUGGGAGAGAUGGAAUGAAAGUAAGAAAGUUUUGUACAAUACACAAAAUGUUAUAAUCAUGCUGAAAAAAGAUACUUAUGAUUUAAGUUGAACUAGACAUUACACGGCAUUAGAUCUGGGCUGAUAAUAAAGCCUCAUUAAUGCAAGGGAAUAUUAAAAUAGCAGUAAGAUAUUGAUUCAAUAAUAACACAGAACGUAUGAAAAAAAAUAUUAAAUUCUAGGAUAAGAUAUGUUUUACUGCAAACAAUGCAAAACUUUAAGGUCCUUACAUUUUUACUAUAACGAAUCAUCUAACUGAGAUUCCUUUCCGCAAAUGGAAUCAAUUUCAAUAAUCUUUUAGAACAAUAAUCGAAACAAUAACUAUAUUAAAAAGCCUUGGAAACCAGUAAUGUACAACCAAGAGAUAGGAUAAUGUAAUUUAUAAUUGUGUAUCGAUGUCGCACGCCAGAGGACAAUUAUUAUGUAUUUUUCGAAUCAUUAAUACAUCGAUAAAAUGAUUACGUUGUGACAAGAAUUUUUAUUUUUGUGAGAUAUGUGUCAUUCGAGGGAUAUGUUUUUACAUGAUUUUAGUAAAUUAUAAAUCAGUAUUAUUAAUGAAAAAUUAAUAAAGAAAAAAAGAAAGAAAAAACAAAGUAAGAAAAGAAAACAAUUCGCAUACAAAAUGGAAUAUAUCAAUUUUCAUAUAUAUAUAUAUAUAUAUAUAUAUAUAUAUAUAUCUCAUUAAUUUAUAAUUAGCCAAUAUAUACGUGAGAUAUGUUUUAUCAUUUGUCUGUAUUAAUGAUUCUGACAUUAGGCUUACAAGUGAUAUAAAUGUAAUAUUAUUCUCGAAAGUAUGAAAAAAGGACCUUAUAUUAUCAAUAAUAUUUAUUGCAGUUAUAUAUUUAAGUAUAUAGUUUAGGAGGUUAUAUCUAUACCACUUAUAGUUGGAUCAUUUAAUUCUUAGUUUUUGACUAUGUAAAAAUUAAGUAACUUUUUAUUAUAAUUUCAUAAUAGUACAUACUUCUUUUGAGCAUACAUAUAAAAAUGAUUUGAUGGUUUUGAUUCGUCAAUGCAACUUUACAAAGGCAGCAUGUAAACAUAAUUAUCAAAGUAGUAUAGUGGAAUGUAUGCGAAAUUGCAUAGAAGAAAAGAGAAACGUCUUAUUCGUGUUGUUGAAGAUGUAAACGGGAACCAAAAUGUGUGUACGCAGAAAUAAUUAGUCGGGUAUUACGAAUCAACAAUUUUUGAAUUGUAACGAGACCAUCUAUUAGUUUUAAGUCGACCUAUGCACGAAAAGCAGCUACAACUGUAAUCAAAGCGCAAGUAAAUACCAAAAAAGAAAAAAGAAAAAAAAAAAAAAAAAGAAAAGAGAAAAAGAAACAAAAAAGAAGAGAAAGACUUUGGAAAUAGAAAGGAAGCAAUUAAGACGGACAUAUAAUAGAAAUAAUGAAAUCUAUUAAUGUAAUAGGAACAAUUUUCAAAUUGACAACCAUUAAGUCCGAUUCCGUGUACACGUCCCUCUCUAUAUGAAUUUUCUUGCGAUAAAAAUAACCAAGGUCUGACAAAAUCGAUAUUUUCCUGCGCCUAUUAAGAAACUAGCCUCCAUUUGUAAAUAUACCUCAUUAACUUAUCCGUAGGAUCAUUUCUCAUAUUGUCUGUGAACGCAGACAAGAACGCUUAAUAAUUUGUAAUUUUUAUCUCGUAAGAGAUUGGAUAGAAAUAGGAUAUUUGUUGUACUUUUCAUGAUGAUCAUCGUUUUUAAGUCAAUAUUGCAAAAUAUUAUUGUAACAAGUAAUUCAGGCAAAAAUUUCAUUGGAAAAAACAAAAAAAAAAAAAAAAAAAAGAAAAAAAAGAAAUUCGAUUUUAUAAUAGCUCGAAAGAUUAUCUCAUUCUGAUUUAAACGAAUAUUUUAAACGAUUAUUAGGCCAUCGAUAGAACUAUAAACGGAAAAAAGUAAAAAAGAAAAAAAGAAAAAAAAAAAAAAGAAGAAAAAAGAUAAAAAUAGAACGGGAAUAUAAAAUGACUUCAUUAGCGUAUAACAAAUUAAUCGGAAUUUAUGCCGAUGCAAUGAGUUCACUUUUACUAUCUAAUAUCUCAGAGAUAUUUUAAGUUGUAAGGCAAAUAAUUUAUAUUUGUAAUACUUUUACAGAUACGUACAUACGUGAGCAUGUUACGACGACAUACGUAAGUACGUAUGUGUAUCGGUAUAUACACCACGCAUACUUAUAUAAAUACAUUUUAUCACCGAAUCAUUCGUACACAAAUGCUGUUCACGAAGUAUACAUAUGGAUUAUAAUACAAUCUUAAGAAGAAAAAGAAAAAAAAAAGAAAAAAGAAAAAAGAAACAAGACAAGAAAAGAAAAGAAAACCAGCAACUAAAUAUGUGAGCGAUACCCAUGUAUUUUGAAAAGCUUAACAACAGAUUACACUAUAAUCAUUGUAUCAUUAAAAACGAUUAAUUCUUACUAUUAAUAAGCGGUCUCUUAUACUUCAAAAGUAUAUAUUUGCUUUGAAAUUGGUAUAAUCAAUGUUUUGCAAAGUGGCAAUCACUUUAAUAUAUGCAAUAUUUAUGAUAUAUGAGUCGAACAGAUAAAAAUCAUUAUUACCAAUUAACUUUCUCACACAUUCUCUCACAUUUUUGCACAGUAUUAAUAUUAACCCACAUUUCAUUUAACGAGCCAAGUCAGUUAUUUCAUAUAUUACUGCACAAAAUUCGUAAAUAAGUUUAAUAUGCAAAUCAAAUAUAUUCUUAGGUAGAAAAAGUAAUUCGUAAAGCGCCACCAAAGACGCUGUUGCUGCGAUAUUAUAAUUUUUCCAAAACUUGUUUAUAUCAAACGAAAGAAAAAUUGUUGAAUAAACGGUAGCAAAUUUGUUAUUAAAAGGGCGUAUGAUGUUCAAAUUCAUGAUUAAAAAAUGUGUACAAGGGUACCUUCUUCAUUUAAUAUGUUAUAGAAAUUAAAAUAUUCAAAGUAUGCGUGAACCAUUUGAUUUUUAAUGGAGACACAUUAUUAAAAUUGGCAAUACGAUACGACGCGGAUGAUAAAUAUAUUUUCUUUUUUUUUUUUUUUUGUUCUUUUUAUUUUCGAAUUUAUUGUCAUUCUCUACGCCGUGUUACCUUUAUAACACCGUUAGAAAGUCAUAAUUUUAGAUUAUAAGUUUAUUAUUGCUUAUUUCAUAUACGAUUGUAUAUGCAACAUAUUAGAUGUACAUAUUUCUCAAUAUCACAGCUUUAAGUGGGUAACAAGCUACAAAACGACUGGUAGUAGCGCUCACAAUAAAUUGUAAUGCAUGCUAUGGUUUAAUAAUAUAAGUUGAUAAUUAUAUAUUAUUUACACAUUCUUAAUUCUUCGUGGAUAAUAAAAGCCUUAGGAGAUAUCGGUACAUUGAAAAAUAAUUAAAAUAAUAAUAAAUAUUAAGGACGAUCGAGGAUGCAUUGUAAAAGUAACACCUUAUAAGCUUAAUAAUAAUUUAUAAUUUUAAUUUAUAAUACGUAUAAUGUAAUUGGAAUAACUUUAUCGUUUUUUUUUUUUUUUUUUUACCACUUAUAAUGUGUUACUUGGAGGAUAUGAUGACCAUUGAAAGAAGUUGAUCUCGAAAAAAAAAAAGGAAUGUUAUGUUUGAAAUACCAUUUGUUUCACGUCUGCUAUCUCCGUGGCUUCGUACUUUAAUGGUGUACGAAUGGCUUUAUAACGUUUAAAUAUAAGAAACUGAUAACACAUA